AUGAAUCCAGGUGCUUAUGAUUCAUGUUCCAGUCCUGAGAAAUCGUCUAAGAAAGCUGUCAAGCAGAUUGCUGCUCUUGCUCCUGGAUCUCUUGACUGGAGCGAUGGACAAGUAACCAGCAAUUUGUCGCAGAAACUAAGUGCAUGUUAUGUCGGAUGUCAAGAUCUAGAAUCGAUAAAUUCAACAUGUGAGGAUCGUUGUGUUUCAAUUUUCCAAAAAAAUAGUUGUGUUCAAGGAUGUCGUGCAGUCGCUGAUAUUUUUCUUCAUAAAAUUCAAGAUUUGUUGCAUCAUGCUUCGGUGUCCAUUGAAAAGGAAGAAUUACAAGGUGUUGAUGUGGUUUGGAGUCUUAAGGAAGAAUAUGGCUCAAUGGUCAACGAAAUCUCAGCAGCUGAUAUUCAGUGGGCUGUUCAUAGUCGUCCUGCUAAUUCUAAUUUACAAUGGACUAUUAAUACUAUAGAUCAAAAGGGUGAUUCAAUGCAAACAAAAGUUACAAUACCGAGUGUUUUUGCAAAAGAAAUCGAGCUUCGAUUGUGCAUAUAUUGGCGAUCGAAUAUUAUAGCAUCAAGGAGUUUCAUAAAAGCUAUCGAUGCAACCUAUGCAAAACCUCAGAUACCUUCAAUUAUUGCUCAUAUGCAAGUAUCAGUUCAUGCUUAUGUUGUCUGCUGGUCAAGUGUUGUGCCAAACAUUUAUCGAAUAGCUCUUUCAUCUCUAGAUGGCACCGAAUUAUUAUCAGAUUCAACUAACAGUACUUGCUAUUUGUUUGACAAUCUUAUAACCGACAAUUGCUGUCGAGUUCGUAUCGGAUAUAUAUCAACAGAUGAAGCCCAAGCUUCAAUUGAGAUAAAUAUUAAGCACGAAGCGAGAGUAGAAGAUUCGUCGAUUAUCUUGGUUCGCCAACUUGUUUUGACUAACGGAACAUCUUUAUUAAUGUUGACCGACAAUAACGAUUAUGCAAUCUUGACCGAACCAAAAAUUAUUCCAUUUCAACUUCCUUCGGGUAGAACUAUAACGGCUGUUUGUUCGUCAUCAAUCAACGGACUGCUUGUUGGGAUCGAUGACGGCAGCAUUUAUUCGUUGUCAUUAUCGGACGCACAUUCCGAUUUGAUAAGACCAUCAGACGGCAUAGCUAUCAUUUACAUGGAUGUCGAUCAUAUGCAGAAGAAGUUUUAUGCUGUAAUGCAUAGAAAAGGAAUACUGAGAUUCAUUUAUUUUGUGACAAAUAUCGGCGAUCUUUUCGCGAUGCCUUUAUUUCCAUUCGAUGCUUCACGGGAUGUGUCUUCAUUAUCACAUACAAAAUUAGAAGUCGAUGAACUGGUAUCUGCUGCUGAAGUUGACUUCGAGAAACAACGAUUAGUGGUAAUUACUGAAAAUGGUUCAUUAUUAUCGAUGAAUUUGGUAAAUCGCUCAAUAUCAAGGCUGAGACUAUCUAUUGAAGAAUCUAGUCAAUACCGUCACAUUAAAAGAGCACAUUUCGUUGAUGAUCGUCUAUUUUGGAUAACUUCGUCUUGUGGCGAUUCUCAUCCAUGGGACACAUGUUUUUAUGGUGAGGAAUGGGAUUCUGAGAAAAAGAAAGUUCAUCACAAUCGUUAUUCAUAUACUGAUCGAGUGAUCGAUUUCACUUUUGUUCGAAAUGUCAGAUUACCUACGACUAUAUUACCUCCAAAGGCAAUUGGGUUGAUAACGACUUCAAAUAUGGCUCGUAUAACCUGGGAAUCACCUAUUUUAUUACCUUAUCAAGCACAAGAAGUAAAAUGGAAAAAUCUUUUAUACAAUUGCAAAAUCAUGAAAGACCAAGAAGAAAUAUCGACAGGAGUGGAGUUACUUGCAAUAAAUGAGACAUUCAUAGAUGUUCCUAUAACGCAAGGAUUUCUGUAUCAUGCUUUUGUUAGGUCGUGUAUUGAUGUAUCUUGUUCAAUGUAUAUCAACACAACAAGUGCUUCAUUCAGUUCUCUUAAUGAACUUAAAACUUAUCCCUUUCUCAUACCAUUUCUCAUACAUGUUCAUCUUAUCAUCGUCUUUCAAGCUGAAAUUUCAGAUCCUCCAUUUGCAUUUUUCAACUAUUCCAACGAUGAAAUUAAUAUUUAUGGGCCUUUAGGUUCAAAACUGAAUAACUAUGAGAUAAGUUUUCCAACAAAUGUAUCACAACCUUUCACCUUUGAUCCAUUGAUGGAGAUCGCAUACACUUUAGAUUCCAAUCAGAACUCAGUGAUACGAAUACGGAAGGAUGGAAGUAGACUGGUCUUUUUGGAAACCAAUUUAGUGAAAUUUUUGGCUGUUAUGCCAAAGCAUGCUACGAUUCUUAUAGCUUCAGAGUCCAGCGUUUCAAUAUACAGGACUACCUCAUCUUUUGAUCAGACAAUAUAUUCAUGUAAUGGCAUCAAUAAUUGUGGUGAAGUGGUGGGUCUCGCUGGAGAUGAUGAAUCUGGCAACAUAUAUUUCUUGAUCAAAUAUCUUAACAACACAGUUGCUUUAUUCGAACUCAAUAAUGAAGUUCGUACGCCUCUUUUUAUCGCUUCAACGCAAAUAUUUCCGGCGAUAAAGCAGCUGCUAUUCGCUGACGAAAUGUUCAUUUUCAUCACAGUUCACGGAAGAGUAGGUGUUUGUAAUAAAAAGCUUGGGUCAAUAAAUAUUAACUUCGCUUUAUCAAACGUUUUGAUUAUACCUCACGUUAAACUACCAUCAGCUUGUAUGUUGAAUUUCACCAGAGAAAUUAUCUUUGAUGAUGUCUCGCGAAGAACGCUCAGUUGGGAUGUGGAACCUGAUCUAGAAUUUGGGAAAAUAUUGUUCAAGAUCUCAUUGUAUAAAAAACAAUUUGGUGGAGAACGAUUCGUUGAUUAUUCGUUAUCAUCGAACUAUACACUUAAUUCUGCAAUUCUGGAGCAAUGGCCGUCGCAGCAAAUUUAUGAUAUACAGGUUGAAGCGAUAACUACUUGGGAUAAGAUAGUGUUGAAUAGUACCAACCUUCACGCUCCUACAAAACCUCCAUCAGCGCCGACAAAUUUGAAAAUAUAUGCCACACAGCAGAAAACAGUUGAUGGUGCACGAGCAUUAAUCGACUUAUUCUGGGAUGACCCUGUCGAAUGGAAUGGUGACCCGUUAGGCUAUGUGAUUAACUGUACUAUUGAUGGUACUGAAGAACGUUCUACAGAAGUUACUUCUAACACUCACACUUAUUCCUUAAGUGUGAAAUCUGGAAGUGUGACAUGUGAAAUUGCCGCUCGAAAUGAACCAAAUUCUCAAACUUUUUCAGAACCUAUUACGAUUGAUAGCAGCGAACUUCGUCCUCUUAUACGUCUUUUCGCAAUUGAUUCCUCUUUCAACAUAGAGUACCAAUGGAUUGCGUUCAUUGGGAACGAUCUGUUCGCAGUUCGAAAGGACAGUGAUUUACAACAACCAUUCCUUUUGCGAUUCGAUUCCAAUAAUGUUGAUUCUGCACUUAUGAAGAUACCUAUAAGUGGCGAAAUUGGCAAGGUUGAUGCAGUAAUAUCAGAUUGGGUAGGCAAUAGACUUUUGAUGGUGUCAACUGGUCAUCUUCUUCAAUUACCACUCGAUGGCAUACAAAGCUUACCGGUUAUUACACCACGUCGCGUUAUGAAUCUGUCAUCUGGAGCUGGUGACGCUAAGCAGCUUCUUUUCGAUCCAUUUAAAAACACUGCUUAUCUUCUCACAAAGAAUGGAUCGUUAUUUGCAUUAUAUCUAAACAAAGAAACUGAAGAAAAUAUGGCACUUAAACUGAAUUGUUUAAAGUCCGAAACGAUCACAUCGAUGAUGAGUGAUUUUUCUUGGAAUAGAGCAGUUCUUUCUUCGAUUUAUGUACUUACAUGGAAUGGAAUGAUCCGAGUAGAAUUGACCGCUUAUAAAUGUGAAGAAAUAAAAUUCAACUGGGGAGAAUUCGGAGAGAAAGGCUUGAAGUCAAUUUCUUCGUUUGCGAUUACUGAUAAGCUUUUCGUAUUUGUCACGUCUACAGAACUAAUUGCAUAUGAUUUGGUGUCCAGCUCAGUAGCACCCAUUGCUAUUCCCGAUGUUCCACUGAAACAAAUUCUUGUAGCGAGUCAAUCUUCACAACCUUAUCCUGAUCGAUUUUGCUUUUUGUUACCACCUGCUUCGGAAAUCAAGUUCACUGUGAAGAAUGAAGAGAAAAGUGGUGCAUUUAUAUCAAUCAGCGAACCGUCACUACCAAGCACAUGUCCAGAAAUAUCGUUACCAUUAACACAAUACGAAAUCCAUUUUAAGCGAAAGGGUUCGGACAAAAUACGAAAUGUGCAUAGUAUCAGUCAUAUAGUGCACAUCGAAAAUGGAGUUCUCGAUAAGGAAACUGAUUAUGAAGUAUCGGUUUCAUGGUUUAAUCGUUAUUCACCGAGUACUACGUCCAGCCAAGUGCAGAGUUUCCGAACAGGUUAUGGUUUUCCUUCUGCACCCUUGCAACCAGCUGCAUUUGCACUUACACCAGACAUGGUGUUACUUUACUGGAAAUUGCCUCUCCGAUUGAAUGCUCCUAUAACUGAAAUAAAAUACAAGAUAUCUCAAUCAAGUGUAUCACAAACUUCCUCAUCGCCAAUAGGUGCACAGCAGUAUGAAGGAACAGCAUAUGCAACAAUUGCUUCAGAUGCUGUUUCUUGCCUCAGCAAUCCAUGUUCAGCGAAAAUUUCCAAUUUGAGACCAUCUAUAGAUUAUAAAUUUUGGGUUAAAGCUAUUCAUGAAAGCCGCCUUAACAGACAGUUUUCUGAUGAUGCUGAAGCAGUUUCAACUGAAGCAUCGACGACAACUAAAGACACUGCUGGCACUUUGAGACCGGACAAUGUAACUGGAAAUUCAAUUAUGUUGCGUUGGAAUUCACUGGAGCCUGAAACAGUUCCAACCAAAAUAUCAAUACAAUAUCGCUUGAGCGGUUUGAACGCUGUUUGGAAAUCACCUUUUAAUGCAUCGUUCGAAGGUAGUGCAAAAUCAGUAGUCAUAAUUGUGAGUGCAUUACGAUCGGCAACCGUCUAUGACUAUCGUUUUAUAGCCGAAUAUGCGCAGUCAUAUGAAUAUGAUGGGAUUGUCUACUCUUAUACUGAACAGUUCUUUCAAACUACACAACAAAUACGAACAAAAGCCGGAACACCGUCAGCACCAACUGGUGUGCGACUGGUAAAUGAAGAUGGUCAAUUUAUUAUACGUUGGGAAUCACCUCUAAAUGAUGGUGGAUCAACAAUAACCUCAUAUGCACUUGAAUAUAGACCAGAUGAAAAUUCCGAAUGGGAGAUAGCAGAACGUGGAUUAAAUGGCGAAUGCCUUUGGUGGAGACCACCUCGUGCUGAUUUUUUAACAAGUAACUCAGAAUUCAGAAUUCGUGCGGCAAAUUCUGAAGGCUUUGGUGCCUAUGCUUAUUCAAAGCAACAUUCAGUAUAUUAUCAAAAAGUUAAACAGAAACAGCAGAAAAGCAAAGUUCAGGAAAUGCAGAUGCAGAAGUUUAGAAAUUUAGCAGUCGAAAAUCAUUCGCCAUCUCACAUCGCUAAUAGUCUCAAAGUGAUUCCAAGAGUCCCAAAGAAUAGAGUAAAUAUGAAUCGAACAAUCGGCAAAGGCAGCUUCGGUGAAGUUUUCGAAGGAGUCGUUACUGGUCUUCCACUAUCACCAAACAAAAAAGUUCGCGUUGCAAUCAAGACUUUAAGAAAUGGGUAUUCAGAAUCUGACCGUACGAAAUUUCUUCAAGAAGCAAUUUUAAUGCACAGACCAUCGGAUUGCUUUCCUUCCCAGUUAUCAUUAUACGAGUUGAUUGGCAUGAUGGUCGACAUAGGACGUGGAGCAGUUUAUUUAGAAGCCAAUAACCAUGUACAUCGAGAUUUGGCUGCUAGAAAUUGUCUAAUAUCUUCUAGGAAUUCUCAUUCUCGCAUCACUAAAAUCGCGGAUUUUGGCCUGGCUCGUGAUAUAUAUACAAAUGAUUAUUAUCGCAUUCACGGCGAAGAUUUUCUUCCACUUCGUUGGUUAGCGCCUGAAGCGAUGGCUAAUGGAGUAUUCACAACAAAGAGUGAUGUCUGGUCAUUUGGGGUCCUUUUAUAUGAAAUUAUUACUCUUGGACAGCUACCUUAUAUGGGUAAAAGCAAUGUUCAGGUACGAUUCUCGUCAAUUAAUUUAUCAUUGACCAUUUGUUUCAGUAGUUUUUCGUACAUAAAUAUUUUAUGUUUCAAAGACAUGUCAAAGCUGUUCGAAAAUGUGGUAAUGUCUUUUGUGAAAGGAGGUGGUCGACUCGAAAAACCACAGUUUUGUCCAGAUGAAAUAUUCGAGAUUGCAAAACGUGCAUGGAUUUAUGAUUCUGAUGAGCGUCCAAGUUUUGCUGAUUUGUUACCUGAACUUGAAGCACUUCGCGGCAAUCCGGCUUAUCAGGCAACGACCACUUUAUCUUCAUCGGUUAUAUCAAAUUUUGAGUUUUCAUUUGAUUCAAACAUUAGUCAUGUUGGAAGUGCAGAUCGCAGUGGUAGUACAAGAUUUGAUAAAAGUGUUCCACAAAAAUUCUCCGUGCUUUUAGAUAACCCUUCUACAAAGAAACAUGGUCGUCCUUCAAUUCUUCGGUCAUUAAGAAAGGACCGACCUAAGCUAGCGCGUGAUGAUUUUGAGCCAAAAGAUGAAAAUUUGGACAGUCCGACAUUUAAUGAUGUACAACCAUUAAGCUCAGAAUUGAUGAAUGCUGAAGAUGAGAAUAAUAUUUUCUUCGCACGUGAUGAUUAUGGUAAUUCUAAUGAAAUGAAUUAG